CGGCAGGCGGAGGGAUCCGGCGGAACAUAUUUCCCUCUAGUCUCGGGAGGGAAACCGUCGACGCUUGGCUGAGGACGGAGGCUUCAAGAUGGAGGAGGUGCCAGGGGAUCAGAUGGAAAGUCCAAACACUAGAGAAGAAGCUGGACCCGGCCCCGUUCCGCCAGAGGAGGCUGGGCCCGGCCCCGUUCCGCCAGAGGAGGCUGGGCCCAGCCCCGUUCCGCCAGAAGAAGCUGAGCCCGGCCCCCUUUUGCCAGAAGAAGCUGAGCCCGGCCCUGUUGCUCGUGCUCGACAAGUAGCAUCUGUCCGCCCUCCUCUAGAGUCUUUUAGCCCUUCUCUGAGUAACCGCAGGAUGUCUAAAUUUCGCCGGAGUACUAGUGGAGUUCAAUCCCUACAAGAAACUUUAAAAGAAAAACAGGCACGAUAUAGAGAUGCAAGGGAAGGUCGAAAAAUGAAAAUCAGUGCUUCAUUUAGAUACAUAUUUGAAAUCCUAGGGGACAAACUUGGUUUAGAUGCAACAACUGUGGAAGAUAUGAUCUUGGAUGGCCCUUCAUUACAGGCAUUUGAUAAUUUUUUUGCCAAAGACGGAAGUAGAACUUUGAAAUUCUUAUAUCAAGAAGGAGAAGCACCAGGAGUAGAAUGUGGUCGAACAAUUCCAGGAGUUGUAAAAGGAACAAAAAUUAUGAGAUUAUAUUUAGACACUGCACCAGACAAGUUCAAAGGACUCUGUUUAUUUUUUGUUCGUUAUAGGAAUGACAUCCCUCUAAAUGCAAAAAGUAUACAUGAGGACAUAUACUUUUGUGUAUUAGAUGCAACUGAAGGACUUUUACGUGGUACUAGGAACAUGCUAGCAAAUAUUUUUCUACCAGCUAUCCUUGCAACAAAUAAUUGGGGUACUUUAAGUCAAACCACACAGGGAACAACUGAAAAACAGAAUUUCAUAGAAACUAUUAAUAGAUAUCUUUCAUUUUUAAACGGUGCUAGAGUAAGCAUAGAGGGAACUGUUGAGUUAAAAAAGAUGGAUCACAUUGACUUUUCUAAACUUCAGUCCUUUGAGGAAGUGACAGCAGCAGCUGCUAAUUCUGAUACUGUUCAUCAACUAGAGGAAGUGCUUAUGAUAUGGUAUAAACAGAUUGAACAAGUUCUUAUUGAGAGUGAGCAGAUGAGAAAAGAAGCUGACGAUUCAGGGCCAUUGACUGAACUAGAACACUGGAAACGUAUGUCUGCUAAAUUCAAUUUUAUUAUUGAGCAGAUUAAAGGACCAAGUUGCAAAGCUGUCAUAAAUGUUCUAAAUGUUGGACAUUCCAAACUAUUAAAGAUGUGGCGAGAGUUGGAUGCCAGAAUCACGGAUACUGCAAAUGAAUCAAAAGAUAAUGUGAGAUAUUUAUACACACUUGAAAAAGUAUGUCAACCACUUUAUAACUAUGAUCUUGUGUCUAUGGCACAUGGAAUACAAAAUUUGAUUAAUGCUAUAAGAAUGAUUCACAGUGUUUCAAGGUAUUACAAUACUUCAGAGAGAAUGACAUCAUUGUUUAUAAAGGUUACAAAUCAAAUGGUUACAGCAUGUAAGGCAUAUAUUACUGACGGUGGUUUAUCUCGUGUAUGGGACCAGGAUACACCUGUAGUAAUUAAAAAAAUUCAGGACUGCAUUUUUUUAUUUAAAGAAUAUCAAAAAUGCUUUCAUAAAACAAGGAAACAGAUUUUGGAAGCUCUAGGGGAAAAGACAUUUGAAGUAUCAGAGAUGUAUAUUUUUGGCAAAUUUGAAGCGUUUUGUAAAAGGCUAGAAAAAAUUACAGAGAUGAUUACUAUAGUACAAACAUUUUCUGCACUUAGUAUGUCUACAAUUGAGGGGAUAGAUAUUUUGGCAAUAAAGUUCAAAAAUAUCUACCAGAGUGUUCAAAAGAAACAAUAUGAUAUUCUCGACCCACGAAAAACUGAAUUUGAUGUAGAUUUUGUAGACUUCAUGACAAAAAUUGAAGGUUUAGAGGUGCAGAUACAGACAUUUAUGAAUACUUGUUUUGGAAGAAUUUUGUCUUCACAACAUUCAGUUCAGCUACUUCAAAGGUUUCAGAAGCUGAAUAUGCCAUGUCUUCAGCAGGAAAUAGCACAUACUGUUGAACUUAUUCUUCAACAUUACGUAGCAGAACUUGAAGCUACUAAAAAGCUUUACCAGGCUCAAAAAGAUGACCCUCCUCUUGCCCGAAACAUGCCCCCUGUAGCAGGAAAGAUACUGUGGGUGCGGCAGCUUUUCCGGCGGAUAAGUGAACCAAUCAACUUUUUCUAUAAAAAUUCAGAUAUCUUAACAAGUCCAGAAGGUAAAGCAGUGGUUCGAGUAUUCAAUAAAAUUUCCUAUGUAUUGGUGGAAUUUGAGGUACUCUAUCACAUGGCUUGGGUGAAGGAAAUUUCUCAGCUACGAUAUGCAUUACAAGCUACACUACUGGUACGUCAUCCUGAAACUGGGAAGUUGCUUGUUAAUUUUGAUCCCAAAAUUCUAGAGAUUGUCCGAGAAACUAAGUGUAUGAUAAAGAUGGGUCUUGAAGUACCAGAGCAAGCAAAGAGGGUAGUAAAAAUAGAAAAUACUCUGAAGGCAAACAAAUUGUAUUUGGAGAAUCUUCUGCAAUGUUACGAAGAUUUGUGUCAGGAAGUACCAACAGUGUUUGUAAAUUUGAUGGCACCGAAAAUGAGAAAGGUAGAAUCUGUGUUGAGACAAGGACUUACUAUAUUAACUUGGUCAUCUCUGACAUUGGACAGUUUUUUUCAAGAAGUUGAUGAAGUUAUGAAUAUGUUUAAGCAGCUUUUGAAAAAGGUUAAUGACUUAUGUGAAAUGCAGAUUGAUUUAAUAAUGAAAGACAUAUCAAAUACUCUUUUAAUUGUCCUGCCAGAGGACGGUCCUAUCAAAGUGGAAGAUAUGCUGGCAUGCAAUGAGACUUACACCAAAGAAUGGGCUGAAAUACUGAACCACAAAAGUAUGCACAUAGAAGAUGCUGUCCAGGAGUUGAUAUCUAUAUUUGAGACAAUUUAUGAAAUUAAAGAUUCUAAGAAAACUUCAAAAAAGUAUUCACUGCCAGUAGAAGGGAAACAUGUGGCAUUUGGGGCUGAUGGAGAGGAGGGAGAUACUGAUGGUUCUUCAGGUAUUCUUAGCGAGAAUGCUGAGGACAAUGAGAAAGAAGAUGAGUUUAGAAAGGAAUGUAAAGAGGUAGUUGCAUAUUUCAGUCAUCAGUUACUAGACAGUCUGUUGAAAGCCACCCGGCUAUCUUUGGAUACUCUUAAAAAAAGAAUGUUUGUUUCAAGCACCAGCACCUUUGGACGAACAGCUUUUUUUGCUCAGGCAAGCAAAUCUGAAGAGGUUGUUUCUUUCCUAAAAGCUGAAGUGCAUCUUGCUAUUCCUAAUGUGGUAAUGGUUCCUAGUUUAGAUGAUAUUCAGCAAGUCAUCAAUCGCAUGAUCCAAUUAACAUUGGAAGUAAGUCGUGGAGUCGCACAUUGGGGACAGCAACACUUACAAAAAUCGAGUAUAUUACUGAACAGAAAUGUACCUAUUGUCUCUUCAUCACCCAGUAUGGUAGCAGGGAGAGCAGCCAAAAAAGAAGAAAAAGUAGUUGAUGAGAUUCCUGUAAGAAAGCUAAGAAAUUUUUAUCCAGGUGUCGCAGAACACAAAGAUAUUUCUAAACUAGUUGUGCUGCUCUCCUCAUCUGUAAAUUCCAUAAGAAAAGCAGCUGGUGAAGCACUGCAAGACUUUCACAAAUAUAGGGUUCUGUGGACAGAAGACAGAGAUGCUAAAGUUCAGCAAUUUCUGGCUAGCAGUCCCUCUCUGACUGAAAUCAGAGCAGAAAUUCUUCAUUAUGCUACUUUUGAACAAGAGAUUGAGGAUUUAAAACCUACAAUUCUUGUAGGUCCAAUUGAAUUACAUACAGGACCAUUGAAACUUGCUUUGUCGAUUGAAGCCAAAGCAUGGAAGAUGCUACUCUGUCGUUACUUAAAUGAGGAAUAUAAGAAGAAAAUGACAGACAUGAUAUCAUUUAUAACUGAAUAUUUGAAGAAGUUAUCUCGACCUAUUCGUGACUUAGAUGAUGUCAGAUUUGCAAUGGAAGCUUUGUCUAAUAUACGUGAUAAUGAAAUACAAAUGGAUAUGACCUUGGGACCUAUUGAAGAAGCUUAUAGUAUUUUAAAUAGAUUUGAAGUUGAGGUAACAAAAGAGGAAUCAGAAGGAGUUGAUACACUUAGAUAUUCUUUUAACAAAUUACAGACCAAAGCCGUCAGUGUUCAAGAUGAGUUGGUUCAAGUUCAGCCGAAAUUUAAGAGUAAUCUAUUAGAGUCCGUUGAAAUUUUUCGUGAAGAUGUGGCAAACUUUGACACAUCAUAUGAAACGGAAGGACCCAUGGUUCCAAAUACACCACCACAAGAAGCCAGCAAUAGGUUACAAAUAUUCCAGGCCAAUUUUGAUGAACUCUGGAGGAAAUUUGUCACUUAUUCAUCUGGUGAACAGCUGUUUGGAUUACCUGUCACAGACUAUGAAGUUUUACAUAAAAUCAGGAAGGAGCUAGGAUUGCUUCAGAAAUUAUAUGGAUUAUAUGAUACUGUAAUGAACAAUAUCAGUGGGUAUUAUGAGAUACUUUGGACAGAUGUAGACAUUGAAAAAAUUAAUGCUGAACUUUUGGACUUUCAAAACAGGUGUCGCAAACUUCCCAAAGGACUGAAAAACUGGCAAGCAUUUUUAGACCUCAAGAAAAGAAUAGAUGAUUUUAGUGAGUCAUGUCCUCUGUUGGAAAUGAUGACUAAUAAAGCAAUGAAGCAGAGACAUUGGAAUCGCAUUGCUGAAACAACAGGACAUCAAUUUGAUGUGGAAUCAGAUUCUUUUUGUCUUCGAAACAUCAUGGAAGCACCACUUCUUAAACAUAAGGAUGAUAUUGAGGAUAUCUGUAUAUCUGCUAUAAAGGAAAAGGAUAUUGAAGCUAAAUUGUCUCAGAUAAUUGAAAGUUGGGGAGGCCAGAAUUUGAGUUUUUCAUCAUUUAAAGCAAGAGGAGAGCUACUGUUAAAGGGAAGUGAAUCAGCAGAAAUUAUUACACUUAUGGAGGACAGUUUAAUGAUCUUGGGCUCUUUACUUAGUAACAGAUAUAAUACACCAUUUAAAAAAGAUAUUCAGAGCUGGGUAUACAAACUGAGCACCUCCAGUGAUAUCAUUGAAGAGUGGUUGGUUGUGCAAAACUUAUGGGUUUAUCUUGAAGCUGUUUUUGUAGGGGGAGAUAUUGCAAAGCAAUUACCUCAGGAAGCAAAACGUUUUCAGAACAUUGACAAAUCAUGGAUAAAAAUAAUGCAACGAGCUCAUGAGAAUCCUAAUGUUGUUAACUGCUGUGUUGGAGAUGAGACUAUGGGACAGCUUCUGCCUCAUUUACAUGAACAGUUGGAGGUGUGUCAGAAAUCACUUACAGGAUAUUUAGAGAAGAAAAGGCUACUGUUUCCCAGAUUCUUCUUUAUCUCUGAUCCUGCCCUUCUUGAAAUUCUUGGACAAGCAAGUGAUUCACACACCAUUCAGCCACAUCUUCCUGCCAUAUCUGACAAUAUAAAUGAAGUGCAGUUUCAUGCAAAGGAUUAUGAUCGCAUAAUGGCAGUCAUAUCAAGAGAAGGAGAGAAAAUUCCAUUGGACACUCCAGUGAAUGCAAAAGGACCUGUAGAACUUUGGUUGCUAGAUUUGUUGCGCAUGCAACAGUCUUCAUUACACUGUGUAAUCAGGGCAGCAUAUUAUCAAAUUAGUGACCCAGGAUACCAGCUCCUUAACUUCCUUUAUCACUUCCCAGCACAGGUAGGGUUACUGGGAAUUCAGAUGCUGUGGACACAUGAUUCAGAGGAAGCUCUACACAAUGCAAAAGAUGACAGGAAAAUCAUGCAAGUAACCAAUCAGAAAUUUCUGGAUAUACUAAAUACACUUAUCAGCCAGACAACACAUGAUCUUUCCAGCUUCGACAGGGUGAAAUUUGAAACCCUGGUUACCAUUCAUGUGCAUCAGAGAGAUAUUUUUGAUGACUUGGUAAAAAUGCAUAUCAAGUCAGUAACUGAUUUUGAAUGGCUAAAGCAGAGUCGAUUUUAUUUUAAGGAAGAUGUGGAUCAAGUUUGGGUAUCCAUUACAAAUGUUGAUUUUAUUUACCAGAAUGAAUUUCUGGGAUGUACUGAUCGUCUGGUUAUAACUCCUCUGACUGAUAGAUGCUAUAUAACCUUAGCUCAGGCUUUGGGAAUGAACAUGGGAGGAGCUCCAGCAGGACCAGCUGGAACUGGUAAAACAGAAACUACAAAAGACAUGGGAAAGGCUCUGGGAAAAUAUGUAGUAGUAUUUAACUGUUCUGAUCAAAUGGACUUCAGAGGCUUGGGCAGGAUUUUCAAAGGUCUUGCACAGUCAGGUUCCUGGGGAUGCUUCGAUGAAUUUAACAGAAUUGAAUUACCUGUUUUAUCAGUUGCAGCACAACAAAUUUAUAUUAUUUUAACAGCAAGGAAAGAAAGGAAAAAGCAGUUCAUAUUUUCUGAUGGAGAUUGUGUAGAUUUAAAUCCAGAGUUUGGAAUUUUUCUUACAAUGAAUCCUGGGUAUGCCGGCCGUCAGGAGCUACCAGAAAAUCUAAAAAUUCAAUUUAGAACUGUGUCCAUGAUGGUUCCAGAUAGACAGAUAAUUAUGAGAGUUAAGCUUGCAAGCUGUGGGUUUAUUGAUAAUGUGGUCUUAGCUCAAAAAUUCUUCGUUCUCUACAAACUUUGCGAGGAGCAGCUCACUAAACAGGUUCAUUAUGACUUUGGUCUGAGGAAUAUCCUUUCCGUAUUAAGGACCCUUGGAGCUCAAAAGAGGGCCAGACCAGAUGACAGUGAAUUGAGUACUGUUAUGAGAGGACUAAGGGAUAUGAACCUCUCUAAACUGGUAGAUGAAGAUGAGCCCUUAUUUCUUAGUCUCAUCAAUGACCUCUUCCCUGGGCUACAGUUGGACAGUAAUACAUAUGUUGAACUACAGGCUGCAGUAGCCAACCAGGUUGAAGAGGCAGGGUUGAUUAAUCAUCCACCUUGGAAUCUUAAGCUUAUUCAGUUAUAUGAAACUUAUAAGGUACGCCAUGGGUUGAUGAUACUUGGACCCAGUGGAUCUGGAAAAACAACAGUUAUAACUAUGUUGAUGAAGUCAAUGACAGAGUGUGGGCGUCCUCACAGAGAAAUGCGUAUGAACCCAAAAGCUAUUACUGCUCCUCAAAUGUUUGGCAAACUCGAUACUGCAACUAAUGACUGGACAGAUGGAAUCUUUUCUACACUGUGGAGGAAAACACUAAAAGCUAAAAAGGGUGAGAAUAUCUUUCUGAUUUUAGACGGCCCCGUGGAUGCAAUUUGGAUUGAGAAUUUAAAUUCUGUUUUGGAUGAUAACAAGACUCUGACUCUAGCUAAUGGUGACAGAAUUCCUAUGUCUCCUACUUGUAAACUGUUAUUUGAGGUUCACAACAUUGAGAAUGCCUCUCCUGCAACAGUUUCUAGAAUGGGCAUGGUCUACAUCAGUUCUUCUGCCCUCAGCUGGAGACCAAUUUUACAAGCAUGGCUAAAGAAACGUACGCCUCAAGAAGCUGAUAUUUUACAGAAUUUAUAUGACAGAAACUUUGAAGCAGCAUAUACAUAUAUGAAACUAAACCUUAAUCCAAAAAUGGAGCUUUUAGAAUGUAACUAUGUUAUGCAGUCUAUUAAUCUUUUGGAGGGGUUGAUUCCCUCAAAGGAAGAAGGCGGUAUUUCAUCUCCAGCACAUCUUCAUAAAUUGUUUGCUUUUGGAUUAAUGUGGAGUUUAGGUGCUCUUCUGGAGCUGGAUAGCAGGGAUAAACUGGAAGCCUUCAUUCGAGCAAAUGAUAGCAAAUUAGAUUUGCCAGAAAUCCCUAAACACACCAAUCAAACAAUGUAUGAGUUUCAUGUUACUGAUUAUGGUGACUGGGAACACUGGAAUAAAAGAGUUCAGGAAUAUGUUUAUCCAACAGAAAGUAUCCCAGAUUAUGCAUCUAUUCUGGUUCCAAAUGUAGACAAUGUCAGAACUCAGUUUUUGGUAGAAACAAUUGCUAAGCAACACAAAGCAGUUUUGCUCACAGGAGAACAGGGAACUGCAAAGACUGUAAUGAUUAAAGGUUAUUUGAAAAAAUAUGAUCCUGAAGAACAUUUGUCAAAAAGUUUAAACUUUUCCUCUGCCACAGAACCAUUUAUGUUUCAGAGGACAAUAGAGAGUUAUGUGGACAAACGCAUGGGAAGUACUUAUGGACCACCAGGCGGGAGAAGAAUGACCGUGUUUAUUGAUGAUAUUAAUAUGCCAAUAAUUAAUGAAUGGGGAGAUCAGGUAACAAAUGAAAUAGUUCGUCAGAUGAUGGAAAUGGAAGGAAUGUACAGUUUGGAUAAACCUGGAGACUUUACUACAAUUGUUGAUGUACAGUUAGUGGCAGCUAUGAUACACCCUGGCGGAGGCCGUAAUGACAUCCCACAGCGUUUAAAAAGGCAGUUUACUGUGUUUAAUUGCACACUACCAUCCAAUGCAUCCAUAGACAAAAUUUUUGGAAUAAUUGGUUGUGGAUACUUUCAUCCAUGCAGAAAAUUCAAUCCUGAAAUAUGUGAUGUGAUAAAGAAAUUAGUUCCAGCUGGCAGAGUAUUGUGGCAAUGGACUAAGGUAAAGAUGCUGCCUACACCAUCCAAGUUUCAUUAUAUCUUCAAUCUUCGAGACCUUUCCAGAAUUUGGCAAGGAAUGUUAACUAUCAAAGCAGGAGAAUGUGAGGAUAUCAUUACCCUUAUGGCACUUUUUAAAAAUGAGUGCAAUAGAGUCAUUACUGACAGGUACAAUAAUUCUAUAAUUUUUCAAGUGCUAAGACCAGCUUUGGAUUCAGGUGCAGAGAACCCUCCUCUACAAGGGCCAUCCACUUCGGUUAGUGCCCCGUUGAAGUCAAGAUCAUGGUCACCAAGACUUUUCAAGAAAUACCAAGAACAGUUUAGUGCCAUAAUAAAGAAAGGUCAGCUCUUGGCAAAAACAUCUUUGCAGGCUUCACUUGAUGUGGCAGAUACUGCAGCCAGGUAUAUUUUCAUCACAAGAGUAAUGAAAAAAGUUUCUUGGCUUCAGUUGUCUGGUUUUCCUUUGGAAGUGCAAUCCACAGUGGAAGAUUUACCUGUUGAGGGUCACAAGCUUUUCACAGAUUUCCUGGACGACUUGCUUCAUACCCUAAAGGACUCUAGGGCAACACCUGCAA